AUGCCCCAUCCGGAUGCCACUUUCGGCCAGUUCAUCUGGAGAGAGACUGACAGAUCACACUCAGAGCAGUGUCCCAGAGCCCCAAUGGGCUGGAGAGAGGAGCAGCUGCAGGACAGGACGAGCUGUGACCCCUGCGCACUCGUCCAGCUUCGGCUCUCCGGCCUUUCAUAUCCCAGUGAAGAGCAGAGCUCUAUCGCCCGAGCCCGGAGGCGUCGCAGACUAGCCGCUAACGCCAGAGAGAGGAGGAGGAUGCUGGGCUUGAACGUGGCUUUCGACCGCCUGAGGAGUGUUAUUCCUAAUGUGGAGAGUGACAGGAAGCUGUCCAAGUCUGAGACGCUUCAGAUGGCACAGAUCUACAUCAGCACCCUCAGCGAGCUUCUGGAGGACAAAGACUGUGACCCAGAAAUCCAAUACCCGACUUUGACCAUGGCCGUGCAGGAUCAGGACAUUGUGAAGGCGUUGACUGUGACCGAAGAGACCAAAACAGAACUCAAGACCAAUCCUACCUGUAGGAUAAGAUCAUAUAAUGGGAAUUUUGGGUGUCUAACUUGUGGUGACCCCAAAACUGCUGAACUCUUAGUGGACUCUCACUGUCUGGAAAGGAACAAUGGCGUGAAAUAG